AUGGAUUAGCAUAAACUAUAAUUUAAGGAAGAUCAAAUAAUGAAAGUAAGUAGUAUAUAGUAUACCAUGUAGCCAUUUAAAUAGGAGAGAUUUAAUAUCAAAUAAUUUUAAAGAGAUUUAGAAAUUAAUAUUCUGUCAAAAACAGAUGAGAAAAUAGUAUUUGAGAUAAUCAAUAUCGAUGCUCCGAUUGCUAAUUCUUUAAGAAGAAUAAUGAUUGCAGAAGUAAAGUGAAAUGUAAAUAGAGAUCCCUACUAUGGCAAUCCAUAAGGUUUAAGUAAUCCAAAACACCAGCGUAAUACCAGAUGAAGUAUUGGCUCACAGAUUGGGGUAUAUUAAAUGGAAAUCAUAUUAGAUUAAUUCCAAUUAUUGCCGACCCUCUGCAAUUCAUUGAAAAAGAUGAUUAAGAAGAAUAUAAUGAGUUAAACUCAAUUGAUUUUACAUUAUAUGCAAAAUGCGAGAAAAAACCAAAUAGCAAAUAGGACGAUCCAAUUGAAUAACAAUACACUAAUACAACAGUUUAUUCAAGCAGUUUAAUUUGGUAACCAAAAGGACAACAAGCUAAAUUGUUUGCUGCUAAUCCAAUUCGUCCAGUCCACUCAAAUGUUAUAAUUGCCAAAUUAAGGGAAAAUCAAGAACUCAAUUUAAGAUUGAUUUGUGAGAAAGGCGUAGGCAAGAGACAUGCAAAAUGGUAGCGCAUAAAUUCAUUUUAGGUCUCCUGUGUGCACAGCCUUCUAUAAAUUAAUGCCAUCAAUUACUAUAAAAAAUUAGUUGGAUGCUUAAAGAUAAGAGAAAUUGGCAUCUAUUUGUCCAAUGAAAGUGUUUGGAAUAAAAGGAAAUUAAAUAAAAGUAGUGAAUCCAAGAAAUUGCACUACUUGUAGAGAAUGUGUAAGAGAAGCCAAUGGAUUUGAGAAGGAUGUAGAACUAAAUAAAAUAGAUAAUCAUUUUAUUUGUAAUAAUCAUUGAAUUAAAAUGUAGUCUCAAUUGAAAGUGUAGGAUAAUACGAAGCCAAAGAUAUAAUGUUAUAGGCUAUAGAUGUAUUUAGAUCGAAAGUGUAAUUGUACAUUAAAGAAUGAUUUUUUAUAUUCAUUAAUAUUAAUUUUUAU